UGUAAUAAUUUAUUACUUAUUAUCUAAUUUGUAAAGUUUUUAAACAUGGGUACUAGGUCCAAGGACAGAAUCAAAGCAAUGAUUGUCAAAGAUAUGUUAGAUAUCUAUAAUCGUUUCACGGAAGUAAAGAAAUCUAUUGAUGAAAAUCUAGAUGAAACUAUCGAUUAUUUCCAUGCUUUACUUGCUCAAAUACCACAAUCAGCAUCAGGUCCAUUAAUUACGAAGACACCAAAAGUAGUAAGAAAAAAGGGAAUGCAACGUAUAGAAACUAUUCCAGAAGAUGAUGUUAUUAUUAUCGAUACCUCUAUGUCAGAAACUGUCACAUUCAAUGAUAAAGUAGAAAAUAUGGAUAGUACUGCACAAAAUACAUCAGAAACAACAAGUGGACGUUCAAGAAGAGAAGCAUCUAAGAGAGCAGCUGAUAAUAUCAGAAUACAGCAAUCAAUUUCAAUCUUAACAAAACAAAGAAGACCUGCAAGCUAUGAUGAAAAUAAUACUACAAAGAAGAAACGUGAGAGUCGAGCUAAAAGGAAGAAAUCUGCAAGAAGUAGCUCGGAUGACGAGCCCACACAGGGUCCCAGAAAGCAUACUAAAACCGAAGCAAGUAUCUUAAAAGAAAAUAUUGUAAAAGAUUCGGUAGACAUAAAUAUGGAUAACGAUGAAACUAUAAAAGAUGAAGUGAUACAAGAGAAAAAGAGCGAAACACUGAGAAGCUCCUCAUUGACAUGGGAUGCUAGUAGGAAAAGAUCGUUUUCAUCGGAUAAUAAAAAAUCUAAUAUUGUCAAUGAUACAGUUAUUGCGCCUAAAGCAGAUGGCAUGGAAGAAGCUUCAAUGUACGAGGAUGCGAUUGAAAAAUCUACACCUAUAAUGAAUUCUACCAUGAAUUUGAAUUCUACUCAUGUUGUGAACAAGAUGAUGAAUGUAACCGUAGUCUUGGAACCUUUGUCUGUGGUUAAAAUGAAUGAAACUCGAACAAUUACUAAGAACACGAGGAACAGCACAGAAAAAGACGAUCAAAAGAAGAAAAGUCAAUCGAAGCCUGAAUUAAAGUCGCCGAAAUCGUCGAACAUUCAGUCGCCUUCUUCAAUGGCCCUGCAGGACAGGAUGCAACAACUAAAAGAAGUCAUGGCGAACAAGGAAUUCGAUGAAUUAAUAACAGAAGAUGAAUCAUCGCCAGACGUGAAAAAGCACAGACCAAACAUUAAGAAGCAAGAGAGUAAAAAACGAUUUAGACGAAUUGUUGAGUCUUCGUCAUCGAGUGAAGAUGAGAUUCUUAGUACGCCUGCAAAACCAGCUUUGAAGGAGAUGAAAUCGGGCGUGACUCGUCAGGAAAUAAAGAACACGUACAAGUCAAACGCAUUGUUCAGUCCUUACGCUAAAGAAUCUGUUAAGAAGAGGGUUGAAGCUUUCGAACAGGCAGGUAUGCAAAGUCCAAAGACUGUUGUCGAUAUCGACGCACCGGCUAGACUGACCAGAACAAAAACACGCGCCAUCGCUGCUGCAAAAGCCGAAGUCGCGGAGACGGUAAAUACUACAGAGAAAACGAUUGCUCACAAACUAGCACGGAAAUCGGUUGCGAAGGCUAAAAAGAUUUCGUUAGCAAAGCAUACUAAGAUGACAGAUGAGCAUAAAGAGAAUAAGGCGCAAUCCGUUCAAAGAAUACCGAGAGUGCUUCUUCCGGAUAAAGGAAACCAACAACAGAAAACGACUCCAUUAACGAAGCCAAAGAUUCAAUUGCCGAUGUCUGUUAGUCGUAUUCCACAAACACCAUUGAACAAUAUUAUCCCUAAUCAGAACAAGGCUACGAGUGCAACUCGUGCAAAUAUUAUCACAUCGAUGGAAUCUUUCAUUCAGCCGACAAAGUCAGUCAGUAAACGCAACUCGCCGGACAAAACAGAGGAUAGAAAAAGGAAAUUGAAUGACGAGGACGCACGGAAGAAACGGGAUGAGGCAUUGAGAAUUGUAACAGAAGAAAAAAGAAGGAAAAGGCAAGAGAAAGAGUUGAAAAAUAAACUGGCGAGAGAGGCGAAAGAAAAAUUAGAAUUGGAGAAACGUCAGAAGGCCGAGAAGGAAAGGGAGGAGAGAGCGCGCUUGGCGCAACAGGUGCAGGAGAAGCAACGCGAAGAAUUAGAGAAGAAACGUCUGGCUCAAUUGCAACGAGCUCAGGAAAAGGACGAGAAAAGAAGACAAGAAGAGCAAUUCCGUUUGCAACGUUUGCAAGAACAAGAAGAGGCAGAACGAUUGUUGGCUGAACAAAGACGUCGGGAACAAGAGGCCGACAAACGAAAAGAAAUGGAAGCGAGGGCUCAGCAACAUGCUACCAUCGAAGCUAUGAAGAUGAAAAAUCAAAUGCUUCAGGCGCAAGCAAAACACGGAAACAAAAAUCACGGUCCAACGAAUUACAUUUUGGAUAGUGAACCCGAUGAAGAUGAAUCGGACGAUGAAAACAGACCAAAGCAUGCGAUUCCACAUUGGGCACAACCUCACGUACGGAAAGCCCAACUUGCGAUGCAACGAUACAUUCCAGAGAGAGCAAUUUUGAAGUUCUUUGAUAGUAAAAAGUGUACACCAGACUUGACGCAAUUGUUCCAAGGUAUAGACAGAAGUAGAUUGUUGCGUACAUCCAGCGCAAUCUGGAAUACACCGCCGCGUUAUUCCAUGAUGGAAACCGAAUAAAACCAGGUAUAGUUUAAUUGAAUGCAAUGUUGUUAAUUGUCAUGUUGUGCCUUCAAACGAAUAUGCUUCGUAACACCGUAUAUUGUAACGUAUGU